AGUUUUUCAGGAAACCUUCUAUUCUCCUAAUAUUCCAGCAGAAAAAUGAACGUUUUUUCCUUGGAUAUGGGUCACUCCAUGUAGAUUCCCCGUGGGCAGGAGAGCUGGGAAUUCGCUCUGAAGCCUGUGGACCUGAGACGGCCCGAGGGCUCUGACAUACACCAAAUCCCUGCCCAGGGGAAUGGUGGAGAUUAAAAACUUCUGAUUGAGGUAGAGAGGAAAGAGACACAAAGACAGGGAGGGAGAGACGGAAGAGGAAAAAAGCUUAUCGUUCACCUUUGUUCUUGUUAAUGCCCCGAGUGAAGGAUCUCCAAAGAAUAACAGAAGACACAAAAACAGCUGCCCACAACAGUGGUCAAAGGAUGGAGUGAGUAAAAGAAAAGAAAGAAGCAGGAUUACAUCCUGAGAAAGAGCCUAAGCUCUUAUUCUACUCUAAUUGAAUGCCUGAGAGAGGGCAUAGACAUGAGAGGAAUCCUUUUCUGUGAAAACUGCUUCAAGAGGCAGUGCAAUUAACCCUCUGGCCAUCAUAAAAUAAUACCUGGCUAUUGUUGUUUCCUGAUUGCUGGUGUGGAUUCGUGCUCUAACGGUGAUCAUGUUUCAGCCUCCAGCCUGUAGACCAAAUCAGAAUGGCUGUCAGAGAAACAUCCACAUUCUGCUGGUGCUGCUGCUGCUGCUUCUUUACAGCUCCCUCAAGGCCUCUUUGGCUGCCAAACCCAAAGGGCCAGGACAAACGCAUUUGAACUCCAUCCGCAUUGACGGAGAUAUCUCCUUAGGUGGGCUGUUCCCUGUGCAUGCCAGGGGCCAUGAUGGCAAACCCUGCGGGGAGCUGAAGAAGGAGAAGGGUAUACACAGACUGGAAGCCAUGCUCUUUGCCCUUGACCGCAUAAAUAAUGAUAAUAAUCUCCUGCCUAACAUCACACUGGGAGCAAGGAUCCUGGACACCUGUUCCAGGGACACUCACGCCUUGGAGCAGUCGCUCACCUUCGUCCAGGCUCUGAUCGAGAAGGACGGGACAGAUGUCAAAUGCCUCGGCGGGGGGGCGCCAAUCAUCACCAAACCUGAGAGGGUGGUGGGCGUCAUCGGCGCGUCUUCGAGCUCCGUUUCCAUCAUGGUGGCCAACAUACUGCGCCUGUUUAAGAUACCCCAGGUGAGCUACGCCUCUACAGCGCCGGAGCUGAGUGACAACACCCGCUACGACUUCUUCUCCCGUGUGGUGCCUCCAGACACAUAUCAGGCCCAGGCCAUGGUGGACAUUGUUAAGGCCAUGCGCUGGAACUUUGUCUCCACUGUGGCCUCAGAGGGAAACUACGGAGAGAGCGGAGUUGAUGCUUUCAUUCAGAAGUCUCGGGAGGACGGUGGUGUGUGCAUCUCACAGUCAGUUAAGAUUCCCCGAGAACCAAAGCAGGGAGAGUUUGACAAGAUUAUGCGAAGACUCGGAGAAAAUACAAAUGCAAGAGUCGUCAUACUUUUUGCCAACGAAGACGAUAUCAGGAGACUACUCCAUGCAGCAAAAAAGGCCAACCAGACGGGUCAUUUUAUCUGGGUGGGUUCAGACAGCUGGGGCUCAAAGAGCGCUCCGGUUGAGAACCAGGAGGAGGUGGCAGAGGGAGCAGUCACCAUCUUGCCGAAGCGCCAGUCCAUCAAAGGGUUUGAUAGGUACUUUAUUAGCCGCACACUGGAAAACAACAGAAGAAAUAUCUGGUUUGCUGAGUUCUGGGAGAACAACUUCAAAUGCAAACUCAGCCGUCACGCCGUGAAGAAAGGGUCCGGUCUCAAAAAGUGCACAAAUCAGGAGCGAAUAGGAAAGGACUCGGAUUUUGAGCAAGAAGGAAAGGUUCAGUUUGUUAUAGACGCUGUAUAUUCGAUGGCUCAUGGCUUGCACAACAUGCACAAAGAACUCUGCCCUGGGAAGGUGGGUCUCUGCGCAAAAAUGGAUCCCAUCAAUGGUACCCAUCUCCUCAAGCAUAUUCGUCGGCUAAACUUCUCAGGCAUAGCUGGCAACCCAGUGCUCUUCAAUGAAAAUGGAGAUGCCCCGGGACGCUACGAGAUCUACCAAUAUCAGAUCAGAAACCGAACACCUGAAUACAAAGUCAUUGGUCACUGGACAGACCAGCUACAUCUGAAUGUGCGUUCGAUGCAGUGGCCAGGUGGAGUCCGUCAGGUUCCGACCUCAAUCUGCAGUCAGCCCUGUCAGCCAGGCGAGCGCAAGAAGAUUGUGAAGGGCAUUCCUUGCUGCUGGCAUUGCGAGCGUUGUGAUGGAUAUCAGUAUCAGGCAGACACCUACACAUGUAAAAUGUGUCGCUUUGAUUUGCGUCCCAAUGAGAAUCACACAGGUUGCGUUCCAAUCCCCAUUGUUAAGCUGGAGUGGAGCUCCCCCUGGGCUGUCAUCCCUGUGCUCAUCGCAGUCCUUGGCAUCAUGGCCACUUUGUUUGUGGUGGUCACGUUCGUCCGCUACAAUGAUACUCCAAUUGUGAAGGCAUCAGGGAGAGAGCUGAGCUAUGUGCUGCUAACUGGAAUCUUUCUCUGUUAUGCCACAACAUUCCUGAUGAUUUCUACCCCUGACGUAGGAAUUUGUUCCCUCCGUCGGAUCUUCCUGGGCCUGGGGAUGAGUAUUAGCUAUGCCGCUCUGCUCACCAAAACCAACCGUAUUUACCGGAUCUUUGAGCAGGGCACCAUGUCUGUAAGUGCACCCAGGUUCAUUUCUCCAGCCUCUCAGCUUGUCAUCACGUUCACACUGGCUUCAGUGCAGCUGCUCGGGGUGUGCAUCUGGUUUGGUGUGGAUCCCUCCAAGGCCAUAAUCGACUAUGAAGACCAGAGGACAUCCAACCCUGUGCUGGCUCGUGGUGUGCUCAAGUGUGACAUCUCUGACCUAUCCCUUAUCUGCUUGCUGGGCUACAGUAUGUUGCUCAUGGUUACCUGUACUGUCUACGCCAUCAAAACAAGAGGAGUACCCGAGACAUUCAAUGAGGCCAAACCCAUUGGUUUCACAAUGUACACAACCUGCAUUAUUUGGCUUGCAUUCAUCCCAAUCUUCUUUGGCACUUCACAAUCAACAGAAAAGAUGUACAUCCAAACAACCACACUAACCAUCUCUGUGAGUCUGAGUGCUUCGGUGUCCCUCGGGUUGCUCUACAUGCCCAAGGUCUAUGUGAUUCUUUUACACCCAGAGCAGAAUGUGCCAAAGCGCACUCGCAGCCUGAAGGCUGUGGUUACCGCCGCCACCAUGUCCAACAAGUUCAACCCCAAGGCUGGACUCAGACCCAACGGAGAGGCCAAGACUGAACUAUGCGAAAGCCUGGAAACACAAUCCUUCUCCACAAAGCAAACCUACAUCAGCUACAGCAACCAUGCAAUCUAAGGGACAAAGGUUCUUAUCUCAAUUCAAGAUUUCCACCCCGGCGGAGAAAAAAAAUACAAGCCGUGGAAUUUCACAGUAGAAAAAAAAAAAAAGAAGUGUCAUUGUGUAGUGGGAGAUCGCACAAGCAUUGCCCAAAGACAUGACACGCUGAGGAGAAUCCACAAAGAGGGGCGGAGAUGGACAAAAGAGACGAAGGGACAGAUAAAUGUACAAUUUUAAGGUUCCAUCUUCUGUCAACCAAGAGUACACACACGCCGACAAAAAAAGAAAAAUACUAACAGGACAGAGGCCUGGAGACUGAAAGAUGGAGUUUUUCUUUAGUGUUUACAUUUCAGUUAUGCCGUCUUUUAGAGACUCCUGUCAUCUUACGCACUGCUGACUGGAACUGAAUCCAAAUGUUCUUAGUGUUAUCUUCAAGUACUUUAAAGGCAUCACAAGGGAUUAAUCAACACCAAAAAGGCAUGAAGACAUGAUCCAUGGACUUCUAAAACGGGCUUCUGUUUGUUUUUAUUCAUAAUACAUUCCAGUCUUAUGACUCAGAUGACUGGGAACGGGGAUCAUCUCAACAAUGCAGCAGAUCUGUACCAGACUACAUGUGUUUUUCUGUCCUCUGUCAAGGUCCAACUGAGUUAAGAAGGACCACGCUUAUAUAAGAGGAUAUUUGCCGUUUUUGAGCAUGCCAGUUUCAACAUCCUGUAUUGUGUUGUUUACCAAAUAAAAUAAGGAAAAAAUUAUGAAGAAAAAAAUACAAUAUCUUUGGAAUGCUUUUAAACUUUGUUGCAGCGUUGUUGAAAUUGUUUUGGCACGAGCCUACUGUACGUUCAAAAAUCUGUUCUCAAUUGGUGAAAAGGUCUAGUGAGUGAUUGUUUAUCUGUGCUUAAGUGAGAUCAUGAUUUGUAUUAACAGCUAGCCUAAAAGGCUGCCACUGCCCUCCUCAUACUUGUAUGUACUUUGAAACGGUGGACCACAGUCGGUGUUUUAGCCGUGGGGAUCUCACUGUGAGCCGUCAUCCAGGAUGACCCUUCCAUCACUGCCAUCAGUUACCCUCCCGGUCACAUGAGAAAACGUACGGCUGAAGCUUAGCUGUACAGAUCCAUUAGCAAGGGAAUUAAGAUGAAGUAUGCCCUUGAGGAGAUCAUACAGCUUGCCCUGAGGAUGAUAUCCAUAAUGGGCAGGCUACAGAGAAAAUUCAUUACUGUACAUGUCCUCUUCUGGCACUCUCAUGAUAAGAGGGAGGGGUAAGAAAGUUGUAAAGCUUUUCAACAAAUGAAAAUCAAAUUGCAAAAGAUAUGCUAUAUCUCUAUAAAUCCACCCCCAGCUCGCUGAAUAGAUUAAUAUUUGGCUUUGUGCAGUAUAAAAGCCCUCUGAUGUCUUGGGAAAAAUGUUGUGGGGUCAUUUGUGUUGUGAGUUCAGUGCUGCUUCUCAUGCCUCCCUCUUUAUUACUUUCAACACCAUUUGUGUUGCAGAAUAAAAUGUGAGUGCUGACCAAAUUAAAUGGCAAGUUAAUGUAUGUUAUUAAAUAGAUUGAUGAUGUCUGCUUUAUGUCCUGACAUAUCCUAAAAUUGAGGAAAAUUUACAAAAAGAUGCAGUGCCUGGCUAUAUGACUAUGUAUUUGUAAAACCUCAAGAGAACUUAAGAAGUGUGUGAAGCAUGUUUAGUUUUUUUUUAUACAAAAUUUAUUAUUUCUAUUAAAAAUGUUUUAAAACAUCUGUGUCCAAUUUUAGGAUUUUGUCUAUGAAAAACUGGUUCGUGUUUCUGUUUAUUUGAUCAGUUGGGUUAAACAAGUCUCUUCAUUUUUCAAUAAGAAAAAAAAGGAAAACUAUGUCAGCAAUUGCCUGAAAAAUAUAUUUUAUAGCAGGAGCUCUGAUAAUGGCACUAGAAAAUGGUGACUCAGAGGAAGGAAACAUAAAAUUAUUUUCAAUUCAAGGCUUAGCCGUGCUUAAAUCUGAGGUCUUUGAAGGCAGCAUGCUUGCCGCCGUCAUCAUCUUCCUGCCUUUCCGUACAAAAGGAUUGAAAAUAACAGUUGUUACAUAGCAAGUGUGCUAAAUGCAUGUCCACAGUGCACAAUUACAACAAUAUACAUGGGGGAGUGUACAUUAUCCUCCCACAACACAAUGGAGAGACAGUGGAGGGUAACCUCAUGAGAUUGCAGGAUUUUACAUAAUACACCAUCACGACUCCUGUUUUCUGCAUGUUUUGAACAAUGUGUUUUAACAAAUUUGACAACACCAUCUAUUCUGCAUAAAACCUAUAGAUCUAGAUUAUCUGUCCUGAUAAAGUCAAAACAGUCAAAACUUACGUAUAUUUUAGAAAACACACAAAGAAAGUAUGAAACAAAUAAAUUAAACUUGACCUUUUACAGAAAGAGCCUUUUAAAUCACUGUCAAAACCAGAUACAUUUAUAAGUGAAUGAUGACUUAACAUAUAUUACUGAUCUGUCCAGAAGCAUGUCAGUAUCUAUAGUUAUGUUCACACAACAGAUUUUUCUGGGCACAAAAAAUUAUUUUCAAACAGGAAUGUGUCCAUAGGCAACACAAAAAAGGGAUGCUAGGAAAUGUGAGUGAGCUCUGUGGAAGCUACCAUAACCGGUAAAGAAGUUGGAUCUCUUCCAACUUCCAAAUAAUAUCUUUAUUCAGAAAAAAA